AAUGCCAAUUUGUACUAUAACUGUAUAGAGAUGGUUUUAGACUUGUAAAUAGUUUUGCAUCUAUUAGCACAGAGAAACCUGUCACAAAUCUGCUCUCCUGCUCUCCUUUACUUUGUACACUUAUGAAGCAGGAAGAGGAGGUAGUUAUGUUUACAACAGAUCUUUAAAUUCCCUCUACAUAGUAAGGGGGUGGGGGGGGACAAUAAGUUUUAAAAAAAUAAAACCUGGUUGUAUUAUUGCACAUAUUGUUUGCUUUUGUCAAAGCCAAUUUUGGCAAUCUUUUGUGGUGCUAAACUCAGCCUUGAAGUGCUACAAAUACCCAUUUGCUUAAUUGACAAGCAAGUACAUAGGAGCUGGAGGGACAGCAGUUGCUUUAUUUUGUAAUCCUAGAGGAAUGUGGCUGGUUUUUCUACUUGAUAAUUUUAGAGGUGGAAAUAAACAUCAAGGCUGCAAAUGUUUGACAAAGAUUCACUCUUCACUUUUUUCCAUUUGAAGACAUUCACUUAUUCACACUCUUGUUUUGUUUAUGCAAGAGACGAAGUCUGUGCAGUUCCUUUUACAGUUGUAAACAUCUAGAAUAGAGACAUUAAUAAGCCCAGUGUAAUCAAAACAGCAAGUACUGUAUCAACAGUGGGGUUUUUUAAAUAAAAAAUGGCUCUCUUUAUCUACUUGGAAAAUAUGCUGUCUUUUGGGAACAAAGGUGAUUUUAUGUGACUCUAAAUUACUGUAACUGAAUAUUUUUAUAGAGCCCUAUAAGACAGUUCUGUGCAUCUCCGUCUCAAAAGUAAGUCCUAUUAAAUUUUAUUAGACUUACUUCCAAAUAAGUGUUUUGAAUUGCUGUCUUCGUGUAACUCUCAAAUUUUUAAAAGUGAGGUGUAAAUAAAUUAUGUAAAUAGGUAUGCAGUCCUUAUCUUAGAUCAGUUUGCUCAUCCAAGAACGUGUAUACAAACAAUUCUAUGUAAGAAGCCAGUUCUAAAUUGAAUUAAUUUUAGUAAAAAUUGGCAUGGGUAAAAUUUGAAGCUCAGGAAACAACUGCCUUAUUUGAAUACUACUACUACUACUACUAUACGAAUAAUAAUAAUAGCCUCUAUUUUGUAUAAUCUUGUAAUUUAUUGAAAGACGGAUGACAGAUUAAGAUCUCUAAAUAGAACCUGACUGAUUUGCAGUCUAUUGACAAAGUUCUCAGACUUAAAUUAGACAGAAUAGACUGAUACUUAUCUAUGCAAAACAUUUCACUAUAUGAACCUAUGGAAUCCAGUAAAUAAUUUUCUUUAUUCAGGUCAGAAGCACCUACAAACAUAUAGACCAGGGGUGUCAAACUCAUGGCCCACAGGCCAGAUGUGUCAUGUGCUGGCCCUGCCUCUGCCUGGUUUAGCGAAGGGGGAAAAAGUCCUGAUACGUCACGUGACAAUGUCAUGACAAUGCGAGUUUGACACCCCUGAUAUAGACGUUCAACACUGAGCAAGUAAAGUAGGUAUAAAAUACUGUAGGUCAUAAAAAUAUAGCACAUUUAAAAGAUGUAAAAUAAGUAGGAUUAGAACUAAACAAUAUUAAUAAUUUAAUAAUUAUCUAUUUUCUUUUAUUUGCAGUUGGUGAUCUCAAGAUUCUGAUUAAAAAAUGGAUUUUUGCAAUUUGAACUUUGUUCUAUAAUGGUUAAGACUGUCAUAAACUGUGAUAGAAGCUUUUCGAAUUUUAGUUUGGACAGAUGUUAAUGUUUAAAGUAAAUUCUUUGCAGAAUUAAUACUGAUAGGUACAAUUAUCCAAAUGCCAAUUAAUUAUCUUAACAUAAUGAUCAUAACACAGGUGGCUUUUUCCCUUAACAGGUACAAACUGAGUUUUGAACUGAAACCCUCUAGAAUAAUAAUCCUGGGAAGUAUGAUACAAUUGUUAAGUAGUAUUUCAAUUUACAAUGUUCAGUGGUGCUGGGUCAUUUAACUAGUUUUAAUGCAACUCAUUUCAGAAGUAUUAUCUUGCUGGAAAAAGGAAUAAUGCUCCAGAUCAUAGAUGUUUAGAUGAUGGUAUUGUAGGAUGUGCUAUGAUUUUUGAUGCUCCUGUUUAUUUCUUUAGAUUUUUUUAUUUUAUAAGCCACUUUGUGUCAAUAUACCAAAUGAGUUUAUAUAUUACCUUUUAAAAUAUCAGUUCACCAAACUAACAUAUAGUAGUGGCAGCCUAUGCUAGGCCAACUGUUGUCUAUCUCUGUGGUGCCAAGUAAUAAGAAACAUUUUUUCACAUUUUUCCAGUUAUCAAAAGUCAGGUGUGAAUAAAAGGGAGUAUUUGCCAGGGGAACAAAUAUGGCAGUUAGAGAUGUGGAAAAUUUUUAACUGAAACUCUGUGAGUUCAAAACAGACUGUUUUGAGGAUUUUGGGAGUGUUUUAAAUCCAAAGCACUUCCAAAAUGCUUGAAACAGUAGUUUUACAUAUGAAAUGGAAAAGUUGCAGUUUCACAUGCAAAUAAUUUGAAUCAAAACAGUUUGAGUGACCUGAGUGGCAGAAAGUAUCUUAGCCUUGAAUUUCAGACUGAGUACAGGAACACAGUGCUAAGUUUUUCCUUGCAAAAUUACCAAGCUUUUAUGUGCAUACUGAUAUAAAUUAUGGUUCAACAAGAACUAAUUUAACUUCAUUUGAAGGUAAUUCAGUAUAGUAUUUUGGCUAUUGAACUGGGGCUGAUAUACACAAUUUGCAAGGGAAAGAAAUUUAAUUGUAAUAUAUUUAAUAAUAUAAGUAAAAUGCCUAGAAAAACUCAAAUGGAACUCUUAUAAAUCAAAAUCAUUGGUCUUUAAUAGGAAUAAAUAGAAAACGAAACACUUAUUUAAAAAUUGCCAUUGUGCCUCUGUAUAGCAAUUUACAACAAUCCACUUUUCAAAACUGAAUCCUAUAAACUGAAGUUAGAUCAAGGAUGGGUAUUGGUCCUUAAAAUAUUUUUUCACACUUCUAUCAAAAAUAAAAGCUCACCAUGAUGAAACUAAGUUAUUUGAACACAAUGCAUACUUUUCCCAGUAAAUUGACCUAAACAAAAGUCAUUCAUUGCAGUUUGAAUGUAAAAUUGCUGCAAAUAAUUUCAAGUGCCUAACUGAUUUUAGCCGAUUUUCUAAGUGCUCAUGUAAAUAAGUAUGCUAGAGCGAUUUUCUUCCUAAUGAAAAUUUGACUUCUACCUCUAAUUUAUUUAAAAAUACUUUCUGAUAUAUAUUUGAAUGUAAGGAUUCAGGCUUUUCAAGGCAUUGAACAUUUCUGGAAAAUUCAACUAUCCCUCAUCAUGUAUAUGAUUCUUUCAGGUUAAAGAAAUUCGGUCAUCCCUUAGCAAACAGGAAUCGCAAAAGGUCCAGAAUUUAAAUCAGAGAAUGGUUAAUAAACAUGGAUCUGAUACCUGGGAUAUAUUUUAAACUCAAUCAAGAAUUGUUAGAUAACGUUGAAUUCAGAAACUUCUAACAUCUGUUACUUUAAACAUUAUGUGAUUGGCAUCCUUCUGUUUUGCACUCUCACACCCUAUGCAAACACAUGCCUAUUUUAAGUAUAGAACUGUCUAAUGAAUAGGGUUAUUCACUGCUAUCCUAAACUUAAAAUAUGUAGUCCAGUUAUUGGAAGCUUAGUGCAGCCUUUGGGGUUUUGCAGUUAACUGCCAAUUAAUGUAUGCCUUGCUCUGUUGGGGGAGGAUUGAGUUUCCAAGGGCCAACUGUAGAACUUGGGGGUGGAGAAAUAAGACAAAAUUGUUAGAAGGUGGACCUGCCUUCUGGCUUAAAUCAGUUAAUCAGCCAGACUGCAUACAUAAAUGAGGCUGUAGAGUAUUUGCCAUUCUGCUUAUGUCUAUUUCUACAUAUGUAGAGAUUUGAGAACUGACUGGACAAGGUUUUGAUUUAGCUUCAGAAAAUUGAUUCCUAAUUAAGAAUUUAGAGAGUUUGAGCAUUCCCAGAAGCAUCUCACUUUUUGGAGAGGCAAUGCCCCAUACCAAGACAUUUCACUUCAUCCUACUGACACUGUCUGGAGUCCUGAUCUCUCUUGUAAAAACUGCAGAAUAUUCACAAGGACCUAUCCCAACAUUGUGGAAUGAUCCACCAGAGCUUCCAUCAGGCGGGGGAGCUUCAGAAACCACCCCUCCUGCCCGCUUCUCAGAUUCUACAGGAUUCCCAUCAUACACAUCUGAUUAUGAACUGGAGGACACAACCCAUUUCCACCAGCUGGAGAAUGACAAUGAGUCUCUGGGUCCUGGGGCUAUCGGUGCCAUAGUGAUUGCUGCUCUGCUGGGAACGUCUGUGAUUGUGGCCUUGAUUGUUAUAACUCUACGAAAAUGUUCUUCUUCCUAAAAUUAAUAAAAAGUGCUUUCCUCCCCAAGUA